AAAAAUGGCUCCGAAACCACUCCAAAUUUUUAUUUAAAAUUUGGAGUGAUUUCGUAAGUUUUUUAAACAUUACAGAGCCUAAUAGAGUUAGACAGUAUAGUCUUGGUAUAUGGCUCAUACUAUACCACAUAACCACGAUACUACUGUAACCAUUACCAUGGCUAGUAGUUAACCAAAGACAAGUAGUAGAGUUUAAAUUAUACUUCUGGUAGGAGUUAACCCUUUGAUCUUGAUUUCAGCACUUUCAGUGUUAUGAUAAGAUAAAGACAUGUUCUCCUUUUCGCCCCUUAUUUCUGUAUCAGCUGGUAUAGGGAGUAGAAGCUAGUUGCUAGUUCAUAAUGGCUGGAAAAGUGCAGAACAUCAAAGAUGGUGAUGAUGAUGAUGUGAGGAGGUGUCUAUGGGUAGCUGAAGAAAAGGUUGAUGAUGUUAAAGAGGAAAUAAGAAAGCACAAGUCUGUUCAUAUGACUGAGCCAAAAAAGUUAGAGUAUUUUUGGUUGUCUGGUAAAAGGGAAGUGAUUCGAAAGAUCUGUCAUGAUUCUAUAAAAGAGCCUAUGUCUGCCACUCCUAGCGCUGGAAACAAUAAAACUGGCUUAAGAUGCUCAACAAUGGAUCCAUUUGAAAUACUAUUAGAAAGGAACUUGGGAAUAACACUGAAGUGUCACUUCCCAUUGGAGCCUGAUGAUGAUACGUCUGCCAAAGUACAGCAAAUAAUUCAGAAGCUUUAUGAUAUGCCAAACAGGGAAUAUGAUGACCCUUCAAUCAUGUACAACAUUGAGAUUAUUGAAGUGACCCCUGCUUGGUCCUAUACCAUACAAGGAGGGGAUGGAGGGCUAGAUGAUGAUGUGGGUCAGUAUGAAAAGCGUAUUAUUGAUGUCACCAUUGUUGACAAAGAUUUCCGAGAUUGCCAUUUAGUUUGCCCAGAAGUCUUGGAAGCGGAUAUUAUUACAGUAUUGAAUGAAGUCUGGAAGAAUCAUAUCAUUAGGUCUAAGCACUAGAUUCUACUAUGGAACCAAGACAAGUGAACCUAAUUUUAAAAUUAAUUUCUUUUGAUAAAAAUAGGCUGAUAAACAUUACAUAA